GUGACCAGAUCCGCAUCAAAGUUUGCGUUUGCGCAAUAACCUUUAGAAAUGGGAACGAAAUAUAUACUGUUUACACCUGUGACUCUCUUCACAUGAAAGGUUUCUUGUUUGUCGGCAAAGAAGAAGACGGUCUUCUCGAUAGCCUUUACACUAUUGGCUCCAUUUACGAUAGCGCAGAAAACUACAUUGUUUUAAGUAACGGACUACUGUUAAAAAUAAACAAAAACAGUGACACUAAGUCAUUGGAAAUGACUUUGGCAUAUUUUGGACACUCGGAAACGUUCGAUAAGCAACCUGGCCUAUCUUCAUUUACGUUCAAGCAAUAUCGCCUCAGCGAUGGUUUAUUCAAGACGGACAGUAGCGGUUUUCUGAAUAGUUGGAGAGUGACAAGUAUCAAAAGCCUUUUGAAUCCAGCCAACCACAAAAGUUUCACAUUGAACGAGACUUACUUCAAAUGUGAUUGUCCUACGCAUAAUGAGGUACUACUAAAUCACGAAACCGAAAUCACCAAUUCGUACAUGUACGGCAACACUACAUUUUAUUCUAACAAUAUUUAUCACUUCACCGGCACGCUUAAAUGCUCACGCAAGGAGGAAUGUACUGUCACCCAUUCUGGAACAUUAACCUGGACGCCUUUGGUACUUCCAAACUACAUUCAAGUAGAAAACGUUACAGUAAUGAUCGAAGGAAAUAAAGUUGCAUGCUACUUUGAGCCCUACAUCGGCAAGCUGCAUAAAGUAGAAUGGGUUGCUGGUGAGGGCGCAGAAGUCUCGCUGCAUGUCCACGAUAUGUUGUUUACAGGGCCAGCCACAUACGAUAUCCUCUCAAAUGUGUUCGAUUCAUCUGGUGAUGCGUGCAGCUUAGAAAAGGUACGGUGCGUUGUAACAGUGUAUGAAAACGAUGGUUUUACUGCAUCUGGCCCUUCGUUAUACAGUGCAACAUUGGAUCUGAAAGAAAAUCUCGGCUCGGCAAACAUAUCGUUCUGCGUUAUUGACGGUCACUGCUACUUUGAAAAUGAUCCUGAUCCUGCAAAUACUGAUAACCGGUGUUAUCCAUUAAUUAAUCCGUAUCGUUGGAUACGAGAUCUCGCCCUGGAUAGAGUACCUGGUGAUAUAUGCAACCACGAGCUUUCUAUCUGUGAGAACGUGCCAGGAAGGGCCUACUGCAGCAACGUUACAUACACGUGCCAAUGCUACCCCACCUUCCUUUCCUCGCCGACUUCAUGCGAUCUGAUUCCAUGCAACACUGUUUCGGACUGCUCGCAAUACACUUAUUCAUCGCACCUCGUGUGCAACAAUUCAAUUUGCGCCUGCAACAUUACGACGGCACUGACGCACGCCGGAUGCAUACCGAAAGACAUCGGGAGCCCUUGCGAAGAAGAUAUUGAGUGCUCCCUCAAGCCACAUGCUGUCUGUGGGCCCACCGAACCUAAAACAUGUGUUUGCGGAGAACAUUACAACCUUUUAAAAGGGAACUGCUAUCCCAAAGGCCUCGGUGAUACCUGUGAUGACGACGAAGUAUGCCAACGCAUCGAUCACUCGGCUUGCUAUGACUUGCACGGCACGGGGUUCACGUGCGAAUGUGACUUUGGCUAUUCGGGAAAUGAGUUUGGACUGUGCAAAGCCAAUGGGGGUAACGCUUUACUAAGUUGUUGA